CAGUCAAAUUUCCAAAUUACAGAGGCAGGGUUUGCAAACUUGCUCUUUAUACGACAGCCAAUAUGAUUUGUUGUAAACAUACAAAUCCACUUACAUGGUCCUUUAAAGGCUUGCUAUAAAAAUGCCCAGGGGGUAUCAAACUGACCAUUUUAAUAAAUUGUAGAAAUUUUAGCACGUCGUUGCAGUGAGACGGUCUCUUUAAUUUUGGACUGGUUCACCCCGGUGAAAGGACGGCAGCAGGCAGCGAUUCGGCAGAGGCGGUGCUCUCCUCUCUUUUAAUUACGUUACGGACCUGUCAACACACAGUGGAAGUGGCGUGACCACCUCGAUAAUUUCUUUGUCGUCCACUGGCAUCGAAGCUAAGACUCAGUCCGUGAAGGAAUCCAUGACGGAAGAGAGAAGGGGUAGACGAAGGACAAACAGUCAGGUCGGCUGGACACUGGGGCGGCCGCACAGCUGCCCCUGUUGCCGCAAAACCCGCUUUUGCUGCAGACGCAUUCACUCUUACAAAUACUUAAGUUAACGAAGGUCGACCACUUUUUCCAGCUGGAUCUUUGUCUUUCCUAUAGACGUCAGCAUGAAAUAACGAAGGAGGACUGACACUUAGGGAGCUGUGACGAAAAUCUCGUUCUGGAAAAGUAGCAUCUGAAAACGUUUUAAAGGCAGGAGCCAGGGAGAGUGUGAACAUCAGCAAAAUGUCUGUCCCUAAUGUGUUGGCCAAGGCAUUGUAUGACAACGUGGCAGAGUCUCCAGACGAGCUGUCCUUCCGCAAGGGGGACAUCAUGACAGUAUUGGAGCGUGACACACAGGGAUUGGAUGGCUGGUGGCUCUGCUCCCUCCAUGGUCGCCAAGGCAUUGUCCCUGGAAACCGCCUCAAGAUCUUGGUUGGCAUGUAUGACAACAAGCAGCAGCAACAGGUCACACCUUCCUUGCCAGAUGCAGCUGCUCCCUGUCCUGCUUCCCUGGUGCAGCGACCCCUCCCCCUUCAGAGUGCUUACGCCAAACCAACACCUGCUGCAUCAUCUGCUGCCAUCCCUACUUCCUCCUCUGGGUUCACCAAGAAGCACCUCCCUUCAACUCAGUACACAUCUAUGCACCAAGCCUUUUCAACCCCCAACCCUGCGCAGCCCAACCCUGACACUGUCUACAUGAUGCCCCCCUCCCAUGGGCCCAAACCAAGUCUGUACCAAGUUCCCUCUGGCCCAAGUGGAUCCCCUCCACAUAUCCAGCCAGGACCCCUUAGCAAAGCCCCAGCUCUAGCCCAGAGACAGUACCAGUUGUCUGGGCAGGACAUCUACCAGGUGCCACCCUCUGUAGGGCCUGGACCAGGCCAGGGAGCAGCCCCACCCGGAGGUACAGGACCUGGGCAGGAUGUGUACCAGGUGCCCCCCUCCAUAGAUAGGAGAAACUGGGAGAGCAGCAAAAAGCCACUGGGCAAGGUGGUUGUUCCUACUCGAGUUGGACAGGUGUAUGUGUAUGACACAGUGAAACCAGAGCAGGACGAGUAUGACAUCCCACCCAGACAUCAGCCUCCAACCCAACAGGACAUAUACGAUGUGCCGCCUACUCGUCAGCAGCACAAUACACAGGUCUAUGACACCCCUCCUAUGGUGGUAAAGGGGCCCUCUAGUGGUCAAGAUAUAUAUGAUACCCCAGCAAAUACAGAUAAGAAUACACAGCAGAUGGUCUAUGACUUCCCUCCCUCUGUCAGCAAAGACAUUCCUGAUGCUCAGCCAGUGAAAGAGGAGACUUAUGAUGUACCACCCCACUUUGCCAAACUCAUGCCACCAGUCAUUGUCCCUGCUGGUCCCUAUCUGCACAACAACCUCAACGAUGAUGAUGAGCCGCCGAUUCCGGAAGAUGUGUACGAUAUCCCACCCCCCAUCUUGACUGAUAAACAUUACCAUGGAGACAUGGGCGGAGUUAGUCAGUCCCCACAGGAGAUCUAUGACAUCCCUGCCAGCCUGCGAACUGAAGGUCGCUCCAACCAGGAUGUCUACAAUUUCCCUCGGGAACGAGAGGAGAAAGGAGGAGAGAGGAGAGAGCACUAUGUAUAUGAUGUCCCUCCACAGGUUGUGCGUGAUGCCCAGUCCACCAAUGAGGAUCUGACUAUGUCCUUCAAGCGGCUGUCUGCUUCAAGCACAGGAAGCACACGGAGCAACCACUCUGCUUCAUCCUUAGACAUGGUCCCUGUCCGUGAUACCCCCUCUUCCUCCUCACUUCCUGCUCCUUGUUCUAUUCCAGGAAAACCGCUCAUCUUGGACCUGGAGCAAGCCAUGGAACGUCUGUCUCGUCUCCAGCAAGCCGUUGAGUCCAGUGUUUCUCUCAUGAUGUCUUUCAUCACAGGUAACUGGAGAAGCCCUGCUCACCUGGAAGAUAAUCUCCCAGCCAUUCAUCAGGCUGCUGAUCGGGUGCGUGCCACUGUCCGAGACUUCUUAGAAUUUGCCCAAGGUGCUGUGGCAAAUGCUGCCCAGGCCACCGACCGCUCUCUGCAGACUAAAUUAGGCCGUCAGGUGGGGAAGAUGGAGGAGGUCUUCCAGAAUUUGAUUCAACACAGUCAAAGCUUAGACACCAUUUCCUGGUCGCAUACAGUGCUCACAGCAUCACCACCAGGAGUGGAUGAUUUAGAUCGACUGAUCAUGACAGCACGAGGCAUCCCAGAUGACACCAAGCAGCUUGCCUCAUUUCUCCACGGCAAUGCCUUGCUGCUGUUCAAACGGACCAAUCGGCAGCAGCAGCAGCUGCCACUUCCUCCGAUCCCAGGGGACAUCAGCAGUCAUAUGAUAGGAUCGGGAAGUGGCAGCUGUCAAGGAGGGGAGAAGGUGAACAUUCAGUCCCGGCCCCUCCCUUCUCCACCAAAAUUUACAGCUGCAGAGGAAGAGGAAGGUGUGGACAGGCCUUAUGAGACCACAGAGGAAGGCUGGAUGGAAGACUAUGACUAUGUACAUUUACAGGGAAAAGAAGAGUUUGAGAAGAACCAAAGGCAGCUGCUGGAGAAAGGCAACAUCAUCAGACGCAAGACACACCUGGAACAGCAACAGAUUAAACAGUUUGAGCGGCUAGAGCAGGAAGUCAUUAGACCGAUCAACAAUGACAUGACGGGCUGGGUCCCAUCCCCGCAUAACUCUCUCACCAGCCAAAUGGCUCAGAACGGCUCUGGAGGACUCUCGUCCUCCAAAUUGUGCCAUGGUGAUCGGCAACUAAUCCUCUUCUACCAGGAGCAGUGCGAACAGAAUGUCACCACAGUGACCAAUGCCAUUGAUGCCUUCUUCACUGCUGUCAAUUCCAACCAACCACCCAAGAUAUUUGUGGCACACAGCAAGUUUGUCAUCCUCAGCGCUCACAAGCUGGUGUUUAUUGGCGACACACUGUCACGCCAGGCCAGUUCUCCUGAGGUACGGGCCCGGGUGGCCCAGAGCAGCAACAGCCUCUGUGAAAAACUCAAGGACAUUGUGAUCAGCACAAAGACAGCAGCACUUCAGUAUCCUUCCCCUGGAGCUGCCACAGAGAUGACUGAGAGGGUGAGGGAACUGGCAGGGUAUACACAGCAGUUCAGGAUGGUUCUGGGACAGCUUCUGGUGAUAUAAGGGUCUGAUGGGAAGGAAGAAGACAAACCAGUGACACAAAAUGAGAUGUCUGAAAUGAGGCAGUAAAUCCUCCUUGUAACAAGGGCUGGAUGAGCUUGUAGCAUGGAACCACUCUGGAGCAUAGAAUGCUGCGGGAAACCCUGUACACUCUUCUACUGUGAGGUUAGAGAUCCUGCCUGGGUCUCAGACUCCCCAGGGUGUCUGAGAUCCUGUCUGGGAGCAGGGACACUGACUUCAUAUCCACCCCCUGCUCCUCUCCUACCUCGCCUUUCACUAGGACCAUUCCUCCAUUCUUCUUUGUGCUUUUUAAUCUAGACAAGCUAAAAGAAACCUUACCUUCAGUGGACUGGGCCAAUGAUUGUAAAUAAAAAUCAUUGUAAAUAUUUAAGUUACCUAUUUAGUCAGAAAACCAGACAAAGGAAAGACUUAAGAAGUUCCAGUAUAUAAAUAUGAAUUUAUGAUUCUUUUUUCUGAAGAAAAAAAUAUGAAAAAAUAAGUGUAGUUUUUAGACAAUAUCGAUAAUUGUUAUUAUUAUUCCUAUACCAUAUAAUUAUAGCUCUGGCUCUUGAUCCUUGUAUCAUUAUUGUUAUGGAUGUGAAAAGUUCAGAUGAUUUGUAUGUCUGUAUGUUGUAGUAUGUCUGUUAAUUUACAUCCCUGACAAAGGCAUACUUUCCAAACAAAACAAACCACUGGAGCACACGCAUAUCUUCAAAGUUGCCCUGAUGACAAAUAAACAGUUGCACAUGUUGCCAUGUUGCUGCUGUACGGUGGCCGAAAAGUACAAACGCGCCGCAUAUACAGACAGGCACUGCAAAUACAGAAACGUGCUGCAUAUGAGAAACAGAUGUCCAUUGUCUGUCUCUCGGGUCUCUCUCUGUCGCUCAGCACUGCCCCUACAGGCCUGGAGCACUUCUAUGUAUGACUGGUUGUGCGGCAUUUUCUUUUUGUGGCAUUUGUUUUCUUAUUUGCAGCACAUUUCUGCAUAUGCAAUACAUUUCUGUAUUUGCAGCGUGUUUCUGUAUUUGCAGCAUAUUUCUGUAUUUGCAGCAUCUUCCUUUUGCAUCUGUUUUUCUAUAUGCAGUGCAUUUCUGUAUUUGCAGUGCCUGUCUGUAUAUGCAGUGCAUUUGUAAUUGUCAGCCACCGUACUGCUGUUUGAGGAGUACAUUCUGACUUGUUGCUCAGUAAGUUACCCAUCCACCAGUUAAUGCAACCCAAAGAUGUUCACAUAACUGUACAGUGCCAGUAGUGCAGGUAUUAACGAUGAUCUAAGUGCCACCUCAAUUGCUUUUUCAGAAAGGUUGUUUUGUAAAGAGGCACGUAAAAUGUUAAAAUCUACAACUGAAAUUAAACUGCUUCUCCUCUUA